GGAGCCUGUCCUAUUUCAUUUCAUCGUGGAGUUAUCUGAAAAGCAUCUUCUCUUCUAACAUACUCUGCAACCAAUCACUGUUUCGCCUCGAUUUAAUACCUCACACCCAAGUCCACCCAGCGCCAAAACAAGCAAAGUAACCAUGUCGCUUAUUCCAAGCUUUUUUGGUGGCCGACGAGACUCCGAUCCCUUUGCUCUCGACCUUUGGGACCCUUUCAGGGAUUUUCCUUUCCCUUCUCCAUUUUCCACCCCUUUCUCCGAGUUUUCUCGCGAAAAUUCUGCGUUUGCCAACACCAGGAUCGACUGGAAGGAGACCCCAGAAGCCCACGUGUUCAAGGCCGAUCUCCCGGGACUUAAGAAGGAGGAAGUGAAGGUAGAGGUUGAAGACGACAGAGUUCUUCAGGUAAGCGGGGAGAGGAACGUGGAGAAGGAAGACAAGAACGACACCUGGCAUAGGGUGGAACGUAGCAGCGGCAAGUUCCUGCGGAGGUUCAGGCUGCCGGAGAACGCAAAAAUGGAUCAGAUUAAGGCUUCCAUGGAGAAUGGGGUUUUGACUGUGACUGUCCCAAAAGAGGAAGUCAAGAAACCAGAAGUCAAGGCUAUAGCAAUUUCUGGCUAAAUCUAAUUAGCCAAAGCAAGAUCACAGUGUCAUCUCUCCGAUGCGACAGAUGGAUCUACAUAGAAGCUAUAUAUUGCGUUUUUGAAGUGUCUAUGUGGAAUUUCAGUUUGUAUGUGAAGGGUUUGAGUUUUUAAGAAUGUUUUUGAGUCCAUGGUCUGUGGAUCUACGUAAGGUUGUUUCUUUUCUGAGUGGUUCGCGUCAUUGUAUGUGGAGUGUUCGCGUGGUACCUAAUAUUGUACUAUUAUUACAACUGCUAGUGCAAGCGUUAAUGUAAAUCUUGUUUAUUUAAA